CGGUCAGCUCGAGAAGCGGGACCUACCCCGGAGGCUCCGCACUUCAGCCGUGGAGGAGCUGAGAGGAGUCCGGGCCAGUCACAGAGGCUCUCUCUGAAGAUGUGAAGAUAAGCACCGCCGGGACCCCUCAGCAGCCCGCCUACACGUCCCAGCAUCGGAGGAGACAUUUUUUUUAGUUAAGACAAUCUGCAGCUGGGGUUUUUACAUUUACGCUCUUCCCUAAUUUUCUUUCUUUAUAAAUUAUUAUUAUUAUUAUUUUUUGGCAUUUUAUUCGGGGUCGCUUUGGAAGUUCUGUCCACAUCCGGGCUACAAUGCUUUGACUCCAUUAUUGUCUAAAACUGGCGGAGAGGUUCAUUAAACCUUAUUAUUAUUAUUAUUAUUAUUAUUUUUCUAUAUCCAGCCAUACGUUUUUAGCAGGCGCAGUGAAGGCUUGGAUCAAGAGGAGAUGUCUAACCAAGGAGUCCGGCGGAAUGGCCCCGUCAAACUGAGAUUAACAGUCCUGUGUGCCAAAAACCUGGCAAAGAAAGAUUUCUUCCGCCUCCCUGAUCCUUUUGCCAAGGUAGUCGUGGAUGGUUCAGGCCAGUGCCACUCAACAGACACUGUGAGGAAUACGCUCGACCCCAAGUGGAACCAACACUAUGAUCUGUACAUCGGGAAGUCAGAUUCAAUCACCAUCAGUGUGUGGAACCACAAAAAGAUUCAUAAGAAGCAAGGGGCUGGGUUCCUGGGCUGUGUUCGCCUUCUGUCUAACGCCAUCAACCGCCUUAAAGACACAGGCUACCAGAGACUAGACUUGAACAAGUUGAGCCCCAACGACAGUGACACAGUCAGGGGGCAGAUUGUAGUGAGCCUUCAGUCGAGGGACCGCAUAGGGUCAGGAGGUCCCGUGGUGGACUGCAGUCGGCUGUUUGACAAUGAUCUUCCAGAUGGCUGGGAGGAGAGGAGGACUGCAUCUGGACGAAUCCAGUACUUGAACCACAUCACACGCACCACACAGUGGGAGAGGCCAACCAGGCCUGCAUCAGAGUAUUCCAGCCCUGGACGGCCACUCAGCUGCAUUGUAGAUGAGAACACCCCUGUUAGCACAAAUGGCGCCACGCCCACCACAGCAUUACCUGCCAGUGACCAGCGGGCCCAGGAGAGGCGGGUGCGAUCGCAGCGGCACCGCAACUAUAUGAGCAGAACCCACCUGCACAUGCACCCAGACCUUCCUGAGGGAUACGAGCAAAGGACAACGCAGCAAGGUCAAGUUUACUUCCUCCACACUCAGACAGGUGUCAGCACAUGGCAUGACCCUAGGGUACCCAGAGACCUGAGCAAUGUGAACUGUGAGGAACUUGGUCCUCUACCACCAGGAUGGGAGAUCCGGAACACCGCCACAGGGAGGGUUUACUUCGUUGACCACAACAACCGAACCACGCAGUUCACAGACCCACGCCUCUCGGCUAACCUGCAUCUAGUUCUAAAUCCAAGUUCCAAUGGUUCUCGAGGAGGCAGCGAGAGUCAAAACGUCAGUCGUCAGAACCAGACAAAGGAUCAGGCCCAGCAGGCUCUGGUGUCCCCCGGUCAGCUCCCGGAAGAGGCAGAGUGUCUCACCGUGCCCAAAUACAAGAGAGACCUCGUUCAGAAGCUUAAGAUCCUGCGUCAGGAACUGUCCCAGCAGCAGCCUCAGGCCGGCCACUGUCGCAUCGAGGUGUCCCGCGAAGAGAUCUUUGAGGAGUCAUAUCGGCAGGUGAUGAAGAUGAGGCCAAAGGACCUAUGGAAACGGUUAAUGGUGAAGUUCAGAGGUGAAGAAGGCCUCGACUAUGGAGGAGUAGCCAGGGAAUGGCUCUAUCUGCUGUCGCAUGAGAUGCUGAACCCAUACUACGGCCUGUUUCAGUACUCCCGCGAUGACAUCUACACACUGCAGAUCAACCCGGAUUCUGCUGUAAAUCCUGAGCAUUUGUCGUACUUUCACUUCGUCGGCCGCAUUAUGGGGAUGGCUGUGUUCCAUGGCCACUACAUUGACGGGGGUUUUACUCUGCCCUUCUACAAACAGCUGCUGGGUAAACCCAUCACCCUGGAUGACAUGGAGUCUGUAGAUCCUGACCUGCACAACAGCCUGGUUUGGAUCCUGGAAAAUGACAUUACAGGUGUGCUGGACCACACCUUCUGUGUAGAGCACAAUGCGUAUGGAGAAAUCAUCCAGCAUGAACUCAAGCCGAAUGGUAAAAGCAUCCCUGUCACACAGGACAACAAGAAGGAGUAUGUCCGCCUCUACGUCAACUGGCGCUUCCUGCGAGGCAUUGAAGCCCAGUUCUUGGCCCUGCAAAAGGGCUUUAAUGAGGUCAUCCCUCAACACCUGCUCAAAGCUUUCGAUGAGAAGGAGCUGGAGCUGAUCGUCUGCGGCCUGGGUAAAAUCGACAUCAACGACUGGAAGUCCAACACGCGGCUGAAGCACUGCACUCCGGACACCCACAUUGUUAAAUGGUUCUGGAAAGCUGUAGAGUCUUUCGACGAAGAGCGCAGAGCCCGACUGCUGCAGUUUGUCACAGGUUCCUCCAGAGUUCCUCUGCAAGGUUUUAAGGCCCUUCAAGGUGCUGCUGGACCACGACUCUUCACUAUACACCAGAUUGAUGCCAGCACGAACAACCUGCCCAAAGCCCACACCUGCUUUAACCGAAUCGACAUUCCUCCCUAUGAAAGCUAUGACAAAUUGUAUGACAAGUUACUUACUGCCAUUGAAGAGACGUGUGGCUUUGCUGUGGAGUGAAUAACCGACGCCCGCAAAACUCAACAACAACCAGAAGCUACUGGGUUUGACCUUAACACGCCACCGACUACAGAACAAGUCAUUCAGUCUGGGCCGAGGUGAAAGGGGCUCAUACUCUGACAUGUAGCCAAACUAAAAGGGAAGGACACCAGAAAAGGGGUUGUUUAUAAACCCUCUUCCCUUAAAAUCAUUGUUUUUUAAUCAUUGAAAAGGAUUUUUCCGGCUGCUGAUAACUCUGACUAUUUACUAACUUGUGGAACCUUCAGAUUUUGCUGGCUCUUCUUUUUUUUCAAAUUCAUUUUAGCAUUUAAUAAUAGACCUUUUUCUCCAUGUAGCAAUGCUUCAUUUUACCAAGCAGAACACGAGCUCUGUCCGCUCUGAAACAAAAAUCACAUUUAACGGAAUGAUUUGUUUGCUGCAAGCAGGGAUUUAUACAAGUAUUUGACAACCGCCUGGAAACGCUAAAUCUGGAUGCAGAGUGAGCAUAAUUGGAGCCCCGAAGCGAUCCCACCGGGGGCCAUCGGUGUUGCCAAGGAGGUGACGUGUGUGCAGAUGAGAAGGCAAGGCUUGAUACUGAGCUGCAACUGACUAUUUACAACCUUCUCCAAAGACAGAAUCAGGGACCUGCGCUCCUUGAAACCCCGAUUCCCACAUUUAAGAGCUGGUUGUGUUUGAAAAUGAGUAAAUGAAUGAAUCACUUGAAAUGUGAUAUUUUUGUAUAUUGGGGGAAAAACAAUGAGAAACAAUAAAAUUCUAUGUAAUAUAUAUAAUUUAUUGCUAUUAUGUUCCAGAAACCCCUUUUUCACUGUCUCCGAAACAAACAAAAUGUCACCCGUUAUUAUUUAAGUUAUAGAAGCCAGUUUGUGGAAGCAGACGUAAGCUUGGCUGAAUCUCAUGAAAGUAUAAUGUGGGUUAUUGUGACAGAAUCUCUACUACCUUGUCUUAAAGGCAAAAAAAAUCACCAAAUGUCUGAGUGCCAUAAUCAUUUUGAAGUAAAUAAUCUUUGCAAACAUUUACCUGACCCUUUAAAAUCUACCGAUUCUUUUAUUAUUUUUAUUAUUAUUUCCAUCUUGGGGCUUUAUAUUUUGGUGUGAUGAGCAGUCAUUUGUAGCUGGGCUAUAUUCAUGCAACUGGCAGCAAUCUUAAAAGUAUUGUCUCAGAAGAGCACAGAGUUCAUCAUUAUCUGCUUCGUGCUUCCUCCAUGUUAGACGAAAAGGAAGAAACCUCUACUACCUUUCAGCCACGUGGUGCUAAAUACCAUUUACUUUGAUAUAUAAUAGCAAACCUUUUCACUGACACACUACUGCUUAAAGUGCACAUGCCUCUACUCAUGCUUACACCUGUUUUGUUGGCUACAGGAGGUCCACCUGGCCACAUUCUCAGGAGCUGCCAUAUGUAGUGUGUAAUAUUUAAAACUAAUGCUGGCCAUUUGUCUUGAUUCUUAUCAACGUUAGAAGAUUAAAAUGGUGUUUUGCAUUCAUAUUUUCACAGCAGACAAAUAACAUUAUCCAUAAGCAGUACUCAUUUAGUUUUUAUUUUGCAUGUGUCCAUUUGUGCUUUGGCUUGAAAGUUGACUGAAUGAGACGAACUCAUGAUUCAGUCCUAUCUAGGAUGUUUUGUUGUGGUUUUACAGUUAAAAAUAAGUUUCUUGAAUGUCUUUAUAAAGAUGCUGCCUGUUGAGCAAUCUCUAAGACCGUGGACUGUUCUGAUCAUUUCCAUAUACUUAAAAGGAAUCUUUUACAAAUGUUUGCAAAGUGAAAAGUGUCCUCAGAUGGUGCUUUGUACAGUAAUGAGAUAUUGUUGAUAUAUGUGGAUCAAGCAAAGUGUAAUUUAUCUUUAACUUAAGUCGAUUUUUUUUUUUUUUUUUGUUCAAUUACGAUCUGCAAAGAGGAAUUGCACACAAACAAGAUGAGGUUGCUGUGAGUAUUUAAUGGUGAUGUCUGCAGCAGAUAUUAAUUCACCCUUUUUUUUUUGAGUCCAGUGCACAAGCUGAUCCCAGCGGAUCACCAAACUUUCUGUUCUACACUACAUGGCUAAACCACCCCACCCCCAUCCCCUGUUCACUUUUAAUUAAAAGGUCAAAGUUAAAAGAUGUUAUGUUUUGUUUUUUCUGCCAAACAACCUGAUCCACUAGCAGGACUAUAUUACUCAUAGCCAACUGAUGCAAUUUUAUGUAUGUUAACACUCAUUUUGUAAGAGUAUCUUAUUUUUGUGUGUAAUUAGUUCUAAUUAAACUUGCCUUUGUCUAACAUUGUAAGGCCUUGUA